AUGGUAUUCGACAAAACGAUACCGAAUGAUCCCAUUAUAAGAAGCAAAUGGGUAGAAAUAAUUAGAAAAAGCCGUGGAGAGGACUACUGGAAACCAGCAAAAUCCACAGUGAUCUGCUCUGAUCAUUUCCACCACAAAGAUCUAUAUUACACAAAAAAUCAGACAGGACUCCGAAGACUGAAAAAGGGAGUGUUACCGAGCAAAGGAUUAUUUGUAUUACCAGCUAAGUCUGAAGAAAGCGCUAGCUCUGGCGAAGAAGCAGAAGCAAUAAGUGAAGGAUUUAGCAAACAGCCGACGCCUUCCACAUCAAAUCAAUAUGAAAAAAAAACCACAGAAACAGAUGACCAACCAAUUUUUCCUUCAACUCCUAAAACAUCAAAAGUAGAACAGACGGAAAUUGAAGACUUUUCAGACUUAGAUUCUGUUUUUGAUACCCCAAAAAAAGCCAAGUUGAGAAAACAGUUAAGAAAAAAAAUAGCACUUCAGAAAAGAUACAUACUUAAAAUUCAGUCGCUCAGGCGCAAAAAUUUGCGACUCAAAAAAAAACUAGCCUCGUUCAAACAAAUUCUUGAGACUUUAAAAACAGAAAGAUAUAUUAACGAUGACACUCAUGACGUUUUGAGUAGUAACGUAUUUGCUGCAGACUUGUAUGCUAAAAUGAAGAAAAAAAUACAAGGAAAAUCUAAAAAGCCUGCGUCAAAAUACGAACCAGAAUUUAGAAAAUUUUGCUUGACCCUCCAUUUUUUGUCGCCUAACGCUUAUAGAUACAUUAGAAAUAAAUUUGAAACUUGUCUCCCUCAUCCAAAGACAAUAUCAAAAUGGUAUGCAAAUAUUGAUGGCUCCCCUGGCUUAACAGAUGAUGCAUUUAAGAUAUUAGAAGCUAAAAGAAAACAGUCUAAUGCUUAUAUGACCUGUGCAUUAAUUGCUGAUGAAAUGGCUAUCAGACAGCAAAGGUGCUUUAACCGACAAACUAAGCAAGAUGAAGGCCUUGUUGAUAUGGGAACUGGUCCUAAUGAGGACCUUAAUGUAAAAGCUUCCGAAGCUUAUGCGUUUAUGCUGAACAUUGAAAUUGGCUCGUAG